AUGAAGGGCUUUCGAAGCAUCCUGCUUUUUUCGCUGUGGUCCUUGUGCCUGGCACAAGACAUUCAGCCUAACGGAGUGACGAGACCGAUCGUGGAGGAAUGUGGUGCUACUGGCAGUGGCACUGUGUGCGUCAAUCAAUACGCGGCGGUACUACCGUAUCAUUUCAACAGAUCGAUUUCCGACAAUGAGCAGCAAUUCGAUUUCAAGAACACCACGGUAGACAAUGCACCCGCCUUUGGUCUUCUCGGCGAUGCCAACUUUGUCGUCUUUGACCGGGAGCGUGGCCUCAAGUAUCUCGGCGACAAUCCAAGCUAUGAAUUCGUCUUUGAAGUCUCCCCCGCCGUGCACGAAGCUCCCAUAUACGCGCCAGAGCAGAAUCUGCUGUUCCUCUCCCAACUGGCGCCCCCGACCGGUGUGCUGCCGCAACUCGUGAUCAACUUAAACGACGAUCCACCGACGAUCAGCGAGUACUUGCCCGAUCCUCCCAUAUACGCGCCGAACGGAGGCACCUUCUGGAACGGCUUGUUAUUGUUCGGCGCGAGUGGUGGUGCCGAUGAUAUCGACGGCCUUGAGCAGAGAGUUUCCAUUCGGACGGUCGACCCCGCCACCAACGAGUCGACCGUCCUGCUCAACAACUAUUACGGCUUUUACUUCAACAACAUCGAUGAUUUGGCCGUCCAUCCGGUCACCAAAGAUAUUUUCUUCACCGACCCUACCUACAGCUGGUUCAAUGCUUUGACCGACACUGCACCCCAACUACCCGUAGCCAGCUACCGUUUCAACCCCAAUACGGGUGCCGUCUUCGUUAUCGACGACACGCUCAAGCAGCCGAACGGCAUCGCCUUUUCACCAGACGGGACCACCCUGUAUAUAUCAGACACGGGGGCCGUGACCGGUACUAUAGAUCCCAACCUUGGGUCUCAAGGCACAACGUUCAACACAACAGGGCCGCGUUUCAUCUACGCCUGGGACGUCGAGAAAAACGGCACCAGAAUCGUCAACAAGCGUGCAUUUUACCUGGCACAGGACUGGGUUCCCGAUGGAGUGAAAGUCAGCCAAGAAGGUCUCGUGCUCACCGGUUCUGGCCACGGUGUUGACGUCAUCGACGAUGUCGGACAGCUGCUCAUCCGCAUCCAGACAAAUUAUACCGUCCAGAACUUCGCCUGGACCGGUGAGAAUCUGACGACGCUCUGGCUCAUGGGCAACAACGGAAUCAGCAGAGUCGAGUGGAAUAUCAAGGGCCAAGAAUUGACUUAG